CUCCCUGGCCGCGUGCGCCCGGCUGCGCCGGCGCGCCGACGCCGGCGGGAGGGGCGCCUCAGGGGCGGCCGCGCCACCGGCCGCCCGAGGCGGCGGGGCCGCCCGCGGAGGCUGGCGCGAGGCGGCAGCGUGAGCUUCUCGGCGAGUCCGGUGCGCUGGUUUUACGCGUCGGAAGUUGUCCCUGCGGUCCGGGGGAGCGGGAGUCGUUGAAUAAGGGGCUGCAUGUCCAGAUCUGCUUCUGUAACCGAGAUUUAUAACAGUGUAACAAAUGGAAAAGGAACUAAAUGAGCUACCUAAGUGGAAUGAAAAAGAAUGGAAAGAGCUACAGGCUUGCAAGUUCUCUUGUCAGAAGGCAACACUGCAGGACGUCGUAAAGCAACUCCAAGACAUGCAUGAAAAAUUUAACAAAUUAAAAGAAGAUUUUGUCUAUAAUCUGAGAAUUUUAGAAGAGAGAGAUAAAGAGUUAGAACACUAUGACGUCAUGGUCACUUAUCUGAAAACUUCUGAAAAUGCUAAAAAGGCAGAGAUUAGUGGUCUUAGAAUUCAGCUAGAUAAACUGGAGCAAGCACUUGUGAAGGAAAGAAAAAAACAAGAGGAACUUCAUUAUCACUAUGAACAAAACCUUGAAGACCAUAAAUUAGAGCUGGAACAGUUUGGCAGCUCCAAGAACAGCAACAUAGGUCAUCAGUGUGAGGACUAUGUGAGCCUGAAACAUGUCAUGGAAAGAAAACUCCAAGAACUGGAAGGAGAGCUUGCUGGUCAGAAACAGGAACUUCUAGCUGAAUUUGAUGCGGAAAUGAAAAGGCGAGAAUGUGAGUUUCAACAGCAGACAAACAAAAUCGGUAACUUAGUUCUGUCCCAUGAAGUUAAAGUUAACCUGCUGACGAAAGAACUAGAGGUCCUGAAAGAGGCUGGAAUGAAAGCUGCAGAAUCACUGCAAAGAGCAGAAACAAUUAAUUUGAAACUGGAGAAAGAGAUCAAAUUCAAGGAUUGGAAAUUUAAAGAUUUUGUAGCUGUGAAAGAUACUCGGCAUGAAGUACUAGAUCAUGCUGCCAAGGAAAAGACUGCAAUGCCAGCUUCAGUGAAAGAAGUCCAAGUCAAACAAUUACAAAACUUGGAGAAACAGAUGAGGGAACUGCAAAUGAGAUGUAUAAGUCUGGAAAUGGAGCUACAUAGAAGAGAACGGAGUCACAGUGCUUGCUUAAGAGAAAAAGAUGCCCUUAUUGGAAAACUUAAAGAAGAACUUGUAACACUAAAAACAGGCUGGGAUUCUCACCUGAUUGAGAUUUCUAAACAGUUUGCUUCUAAAGACUUCCAGAUUCAAUCAAUGCAUGAGGAAGAGAAGUGUUUGAGAGUACAGUUGGCCAAGUUCCAGGAAGAUGCAGAACGGUAUAAACAACAAUUGGCUCUGGCAGCUGAAGGAGAACGGAUUCUGGAAGAGAGUAAAGCACAGGAAGAACUGGACUGGUGGCAGCGCUGUGAGAAUACUGAAAGAAAUCAGUAUCAGAAAUCAGAGGAUCUGAUACAAAGCCCCUCUUCAGCAAGCCAGCAGGUUGAAGCUGAUCUGCAGAAGACAGAAUACAGGCUGCAUGAAAUGGAGACUGUUCGUUCUGCUUUCUCUGAGAGAGAACAAACAAUCCAAGCACUUUGGAGUCGUGAUAUUUUACCUGAAGGAGAGAAACAGAUAUUUCUAUAUGAUGAUAAAAGUUCUCUUAACAAAGAUUUUCCUACCUUGGAAGUACAAAAACUUCAGAAGCAGAAUGACAACCUUCGGGCUACUAUUGCACAAAUGAGGAAAGAAAUGGAGAGUCUUGAUGAGCAGAUGCUGCCUUCGUGUCCUCUGACAGUAAACAGACAGCCUGUAGAGCAGAUGAACACUGGCAUAUCUACAGAAAUCUCAGCACUCACACCUGGUAAUGAUGUGGAAUGGGAUGAAGGUUCAUCAUGUACAGGCAAAGUUUCCACUAGAACCACUUUAAACAAUAUCAAAGUGAGCGCAACUAACUUGGAUUUAAUAGUAAAGCCACACAAACAAAAGGGGCCAAAAAACAAAGUUCUUCAAGAAAAGAUGGUAGAUCAUGGACAACAGUUGUCUGAUGUAGGGCCCAGUGAUGGUCUUCCAUAUGGUGUGGGUUGCAGUCUACAAGGAAUACAGAAUAAACUGAAGGAAGCAAUGAGAAAAAUCUUGAUUUUGAGCCAAGAGAAGCAGCAGCUAAUUGAAAUGGGAAACAGGCUCAGAGCAGAACUCGGAAUGGUAUCCAAGGAAGGACUUCAGCAUCCUGUCAGCUCCGAGUGCUGCAUGGUUUGUGUUGAUUCUGGUAGUCUUUUUCCAAGAGAGCUUGUCAAAAGAGCACAGUGUCAGCUUUCAGCUUUAGAGCAUCUACAAUACAAGCUUGCAACACAGGUUCAGCUAGAUUCCUCUAUUGAAAAUUGUGGGGCAGCACAACAAAAGGCAUGUACAUCCUCAGAGCUCAUUGAAAGUCAGACGCUCAGGGAGAGUCCUAGUCAAGCCCAGCAGGUCUGGCUUUCUUCAUCUAGAACACUUUGUUCUUGCCAAGAUAUUUGGCACGCUUUAGAAAUGGGAUCAAGUCCUUCUGUUCUCAGUCCUCAAAACAACACUGGCCAAGUUCUAGUGAGACAUCUGCUGGAGGUCCCAUUUUGGGGCACUGCGUUUGAACAAUGUGGACCAACAGGAGAGAAACAAGAAUGAGUGGAAGUCCAGAAAUCAGGACUUAAAAAAUGAUUGAAGAAAUGGUGAUUACUUAGUCGGGGCAUAAGUGGGCAAAACAUGCUGCAAAGAGUAAUGAAAUACACUGGUAUUUCCAAAGUGUAGCUUCCUCACAUGCAAACUUCAAAUGAACUUUCUAAUGGUAGCCAUUAUGUUGAGCGCUGUACUGCAGAUGAGUGUUAUGUGUUUCCCAAACUGUUGCUCUAUUCAUGAAAUAAUCCUUCAUCGGCAAAACCUUGGAAAACUGUUCUUACAUCUGCUAUGGAUAGGACAAAAAGUAGUGGCCUUCACUUGUAAUAAUGGAAAAACUGUAAGAAUGGCUAAUACUGGACUACGUUACCCAGGAGGGUCAUAGACUCUUCUGUAUUGAAGGUCUUUACAAAUUCACAGACAAACAUUUCUCCAGAAUAUUCCAAGUAAAGGUGUUUUUUUGUUUGUUUGUUUGUUUUGAAUUGGGGGGGUAGAUGUCAAUAAAUUAUUUCUUAGAAUGCUGUGGGACUUGUGAGGAGCUGUUUGCAUUUUGGUUUUAUUAUUACCAUUAUUAUUUCUGAGAUCUGGUGAUAGCUGUGGAGUAGUAAUAUGGCAGCUAUUUAGACUUUUAGAGUUAGCUUUCUAUUUGUAGUGGCCUGUUACCAUUACAGAGAUACUCCUCUGCAAUGAUAAAGGCUAACAGUAUACUGGCCUGCAUGAGCAAGAAUGUAGCCAGCUAGUUAAGGGAAGUGAUUAUUCCUCUCUAUUUGGCACUUUUGAGUUCACAUCUGGAGUACUGUGUCCAGUUUUGGACCCUCUGGUAUGAGAGAGACAUUGACAAACUGGAGUGAGUCCAAUGAAGAGUCGCUAAGAUUGCUAGGGGGCUGGAGCACAUGAUGUUCGAGAUGAGGUUGAGAGGGCUGGGUUUUUCAGCAUGGAGAAGAGAGGGUCAAGGGAUCAUCUGAUUGCUCUGACUAGAGAGGAAUAAGCACUGUGACAUUUUGCCUAGAGUGGCUGUGGAGUCUUUGUCCUUGGAGACACUCAGAGCUCAACUGGGCAAAGACCUGGGCAAUCAGACAUAACUCUGAAGUUAGCUCUGCUCUGGGGAAGAGGUUGAACUACAGAUCUCUAGAGGUCCUUUCUGAUCUACAUUACCCUGCUUCCAUUUCUAAACCAGUGUAUAGGUGCAAUGAACACUCUUCAGUGGCACACACGAGCAAAAAUAAUUGGUAUCUAAAUGGACUUUCAAAAUUAGAAGUGGGUUAUAAGUGUAAUUAUUCACAGUGGCAGUGUAUUGCAGGGACAAGCUAAUAUGUAUUGACAGACCUGUAGGACUGGAGUGGAAGUAGUGCUGAUGGUCAUGAUUCAUGUGCUUUUUUGUGGGGCUAGGACUGAAAUAGGAAGAGUAUUUCAGGUCAGGCCUAUAUUGACAGGAUAAGCAAAAGGAAGUCUUUGAAACAUUACUGAUAAUGCCAUGCAGUUUCAUGCUGCUGUAUGUAUGAUGCAACACUACUGGCAGCCUUACAAGGACAUCAGUUUCUUAAUGUCUAGAAAUUUCCAGCCACAGUUGCAAAACUUACUGUGAGAUUUUUGAGGGUCCAGAGAAUAGCAAAAAAGAGGUUACUGAUGACACAAAACAAGUGAAACAGUAUUAAGGGAUGACAUUUUCCUGGAUACAGCCUUAAUUUAUUCUGUGCAUCCAGUUUCACCCUAAAAACACUUAAGACAGGAGUUUCUUACUCAUUACAUGCAGGCCCUGAAAUACUGCAUUACAAGAAUAGAACUUUUAAAAAUUCUUUUAUGUUCCUCCAGGAGAACAUCCAAAUGGGAUCCUUAAUUCUGCUAGAUUGUCAGUUAAUUUUCUAAAUUUCAGAAAACAACAUUAUAAAAUCAAAAUCUUCCUUUUUUGCAAGUCUAUGACCAUAUUUUCAGAGCAGAGUAUAUAAAAUUUUCAAGGAGUUCUGCUUCUGAUUUUAGCAGAGACCUGAUUUUUUUUCUUUUUUUAAUGCCUGAGGUAUGGAAAAUUAAUUCAACCUUUGUUGUUUAAAGUCACUCAUUUGAAUUUAAUAUAUUCAUCAAACAUGGUUAUAGUGGAGAGAACUAUCGUUAAGACUGCGUGACUGGCUGCUGGGCUUUGUAACAGAAGUGGUGCACACAGAGUUGAAAGCUCAGUAACACACGAUGAUGUGGAACAACAGCAAGCAAGCUAGAUUGCUUAUUCAAGCAUUUCUUUUGUAAGUUCAACACUGUACAAAUCGUUCACACCAGUAACAGUGUUUUAUGGGCAUUUCCAGUGAAACAAGAUGGGGCAUGAGAAUUAUUUUCUGAACCUGUUGAACAGCUUCAUUCAAUCCUUUUUCAUGUAUAGUGCAGCCAGUUGGGACUUAAAAUGGUUGGCACUUCAAAUAAGCCCUACUAUUUGCUGUAUUUCCAGCAUAUGGCAUGAUUCAUUGUGACAGUGUGUUUUGGGGUGUUUUUUGACUUAGAAGUUAACACUGAAUCACUGUAAUGGACUGUUAUAUACUUUGUUCAUCUCACUAUGAAAUUCCAAACUCGCGGAAGCUUUUGAUCAAGUCAGAGGACUAAGAAAUAUUUUAGUUUUCUCUGUCCUUGCUCUACCUACUGAUACGGAGUUUCUACUGUAGGAAUGAGAUGGAUUAAAAUAAAUUUUGUGUGAAUUUUGCAGAUAAGUAGAAAGAAUACAGGUUCCUUGCACAGCUGUUUUUCGUGGUACUAUAUUAUUCAAAGGAAAAGAUCCUGCAGCUGAGGUAGACAAGUGCAAGCCAGGCCGAUACUAAAAACAUCAGAGUUACAUACAGAAACUGUACUAAAUGAUAACGAAUACACUUCUGUAUUUCCUUUCCGUGCCCUGUGUUAGGAGUUGAGAGCAGGUGGGGAAUUUUGGUUGGUGGUCCAUGACACAGGCAUUUUGAAUACUGAUGACAGGCAAUCCUCAAAGGAAAGUUGCUUGUCAGGGGAGUUGUGUGCUUUUCUCCAAAAAUCAUUACACGGUUAUCCAACAGUGUGCUUAGCUUCUGUAUAGGCUGCAAGGUUUCUCUAUUCACUUGUGGGUUAGAGAGCUUUUCUUAGAUUUUGGAAUAAAUGUUAGAGGAGAGGAGGGGGAUUUUUGUUUGUAGAACAUUUAGAAAACUGGAAUUUAUUUUUUUUCUUCAAGAUUAGUUUAAUAAAGUUUUUACUUGCUCUUGUUUUUCUGCUUGCUCUUAAUUUUUCUGAAGAAAAAAGACAAGAAAGCAAACAUCACCUAUUAAAAUUUGGCUGUAAGAUCACCUUUAGACUGAAGUCAAUACUGUGACUGAUGCAUUGUGUUACCAUGUGAAAAGCUCCUGAUCGGCUCUCUCUCCUUGGGUCAACAGAGACUAGGGUCAGUGCAGAGGGAAUAAGAGCAUAAGGCAAACUAUAUCUGCACUAAGAGUGUCCCAACUAGUCACUUGUUUUGAAGAAACUGAAUAUACUUUUGAAGUACAUGAAACUUCCUAUUUUCCAUGCCAGAGUAGGGCUCCAAUUGCGGUGGAUAGUCCCAGCGUACAUUUGGGGAAACCCCACCCCCACAGCUAUUCAGGACUGUGGUCCUUCGGGUAUUAAAGUUAAGUUUAUGUUGUAAGCUAAGAAAGAGACCAAGCUGCUUUGAAGCAAAGUAACUUUUCUGGUUUACUACUGGAACUUAGAUACAGGAGUUUCUUUUACUAUAAUUCUUGUUACUGUUACUUGCUAAGCCCUGUGGUCUGAAAUUCUACACUCUAUGGAUCAAAAGUUAUCUUAAAUGUUUCCACACUAGACAGAAUUUCAACAGCUUUGACAUCACUGACAGUUCUAAGAGCAAUCCAUGUGGGUAAAAAGUUGGCCAGAGAAAGAAUCUGGUAAAAUAUUAACAAACAGAAAGAGAGCUGCUUCCUUCUGGCUCCAGUCAGAGAAGAACUGAUGAUUUCUCUUCCAUGUUAAAUAAAACUUUUAAUCUUUGAAGUGUUUCACAAAUAUUAACUAAUCUCCUAGUUACAUAGUCUACACUUAAAUGUUCUUCUCCUGAAUAGGAACUGUUUGAGUUGGUGUUCCUUCAGAAGUGCUGUUAGCACUAAGUAAAUAGGUAGGGAUCAGUUUUUGAAAUGAAAGUUUCAGUUUGAGGAAAUUUCAUUUUGCUCAUACAACAUGUCUACCUCUACCUCUUUAGCUGUGGGGGGCGGGGGGGCCACACAUCUAUGUGUGUUAAUCUCUGUCUGACUGUAGUCAGCAGAGGUCAAAUAGAAGAUGAGUUAAGCAUUUCAGUACUCUAAAAUCUUAGGUGCGUUUUCAAAAGCAGUUUAGGCUCUUAACUAUGGUCUGAUCAGUUCUUAUUAGCAAAGUUGCUUUGAAAGUAAGUUAAUAAGCUUGUAAGUUAGAUGCGCUUUUUUUUUUCUGAAGGUCCUUCAUACAGGUGAACAGUUCCAAGCAGAAACAUAUGAAGGUCCUUAUUCAGUGUUCUUUUAGGAUGUUUCAGUUUUAAAUAGCAUUUCUAAUGUUGCGUGUUGAUUCUUUAUCUUUUUCUGCAGCACAAUAUUAUAGGACUAGCCUUGCCUGUUUGCAGUUUCAUUGUUUUAAAUUUCUGUAUUAACACAGUCCAAAACUUUACAUUAUCCAUAGAAAAUGCUUGUAUACUUGUGAUGGUGUUCCAAACACCUAACUAAUUUAUAGCCCUUAUUAUUAUAAUUGCAGUCAAAAGCGACAAAUACAACAGAAUAUUUCAGAGGAAGAGUUGCAGUUGAUGAGUGCCUAAUUAGUGCUCGGUUAUUUUGCCUUUGGAUCUGUAAGAUUAGGACCUCACACAUUUUUUUCUGAAAGUCAUUCCCUUGGUCAAAUUCAAAAGGCCCCUCAAAACUGAUGGAAUCUUUCAAAACAGGCUGUCAAUAAGCACCGCUGCCUGUGUGUUAUUUAUUGGCCUGACCUCAGUGCUCUUAGUUGGACCAGAAAUGAGAGUCUGUUCUGCUGCAGUUCCUGUUCAAGCAAAAAUCUUUGCGUGAAUAAUCUUUGCUUUCAAUAAUCUUUGAAGCUGUAUCCAUGUCGUUUCAGACACAGCCUCCUGCGCUUUUCUAAAAUGUUGAUGUUGUCAUGAAAUUCCGCUUUAUCAUCUGACAGAUGUGGCAGGGGUCUAGGUAAUGCACUGUAAUUAUUGGAGUCCUUUUUCCUGCAAAGAAAGACACACAAAGGUCUUCCAUGGCCUCAAGCAUUAAUUUUCUUUCAUAUCUUCAACAGCCGUAGGUAACCACUAGGUGGCAAGCUGAACAACUUGAUCUCAUAUCAAUGGUAUACAGGUGACACAAGGGUCCACUGAGCCUGAUUCACCACCUGUAAUAACAAAUGCUAUCAAGCUGACUCAGUGCAGAGAUUUCACACUCAUGGGUGAACAACUAGUUCAAACUAAGCCUGAACGUAAAAGUGAUUUUGAAAAGUGUACAGUCACAGUGUCAUGUUUAGGAUAGAGCUAUAAAGCCUCAAUUAAUUCAUUCAUUCCAUAAUUCAAGAAUGGUUUUGAUUUCCUUUGUGAGUGAUGCUAAGCUUCCACAUAGAACUUUUUUCAGACUUUCUACCACAUUUUGUUGACCAUAAGAAUUUAUCUUAUCCUGUUAAUAACCCCUCCUUGACAAUUCGUGCAACUCUCUCUCUUGCUCUGUGAUUGGAUUGUAUCUGGGACUGAAGCUUUUCAUGCUCAGAACAUUCCAGUUAGUAUAGAGUACUAUAGUGGAUGUUUUUGAAAAUACAUUAUGGCUACUUCUGCUGCCUGCUUUGGGUUCCUGUAGAAAAUCUGAGGUUAAAAUAUGAGUGUCUUGAAAAAUAAGGAUUAAGUGGCUGGAGCCAAGCAGCUGUAAACAUUAUGUAAAGCUUACAAUGAAUACUGUGAUUGUCCAAUUCCACUUACCUUACCUAAUGAAACCUGUGAUAAGACUAAAGUUCAUUUAGUUGGAGAGAGUGUUUUCAGAGAAUGAUGUGAGACACUGCAGUGUGAACUCCUGUGAGUGCUAAGACCAGUCUCCCUGCUUCCCAACCUAAGAGGUUACUUUUUCAGUUAGUCCUCCCUAGUACACACUAAUAUUUUAGAUAACAAAGUGUUCCAUUGUGUACACCUUCCUCUGUGAGAGAAGAUGAAAAAAAAAAUGGUAGCAAUGUAGCUUUAAUAUACAGUCAGAAUGAGUUUAGAGCGAACAGAAAGAAGAACCCAACAGGAACAAAAUAGGACAUCCUAAGUUUCUUCCCUCUGUACCUCAUUCCCUUAUUAAAACUGUUCUCCUGUACUC